GGAUAGAGCAACAGCGAAUGAAAAAGUGGAGUCUGGGUAUGAGACUCCGCCCACAUGCAUCCUACUGGACCUCCUGCUGAAAAGUCGCCGCCCUUCGGACCCGUUUAACGAAGUCUGGCCCAACAUUAUCAUCUCUGAUGCACGCAACGGCUCUAGCGCUGCUGAAGACUCUGAGAGUGACCCAUAUCGUGAAUGCUGCACAUGGCCCCGCCCACAUAGACACAGGCUCCGCCUUUUACUCCGACGCACACAUCCAGUAUCGCGGCGUAGAAGCUCCAGACAGCCGAGACUUUGACCUGUCAGUUUUCUUCAACGCGACGGCCGACUUCAUACACGCGGCUCUCACCCGGGACUCAGGGAAAGUGUUAGUGCACUGUGCUCGGGGAGUAGCUACGCUAGUGUUAGCAUACCUCAUGAUCUACGAGAGACUCACGGUUGCCGAGGCAAUCGAGGCUGUGCGAGGUUACCGGAACAUUCUGCCCAAUGUUGGAUUUCUGGAGCAACUACGAGACCUGGAUGCUAGACUCACUCUGCAGAGAAAAGGCAUAAGACAGCCACAAAUGGCGUCUCAUGGAUUGAAGUCUGGUCUGAAGGCUGAUGUUCCUGAGGAAAAUCAAGAAUACGUGACACCCAGUAACUACGAGCUGGGGAAGCUGUUGGCGCGCAGCACUGUAGCGUACACACACGUCAACGAAGUGUGGCCCAACGUCUUUAUAGGAGAUGAGCAGACAGCACGGAACCGUUAUAGCUUACAGAAACUGGGUGUGACUCACGUUCUGAAUGCUGCAGAAGGCGAGAGGAACAGUGUAUGUACUGGAGCUGGUUACUAUAGCAACAUGGACAUAGAGUACUAUGGCAUCGAGGCAGAAGACAUUCCUUCAUUCAACAUCAGUGUGCACUUCUUCACUAUGGCUGAGUAUAUGAGACGUGUCCUGAGUAAUGCACAGAACAAGCUGCUAGUACACUGUGUAAUGGGACGCAGUCGCUCGGCUACACUGGUCCUCGCCUACCUGAUGAUUGAGGAAAAGAUGACGCUGGUGGAGGCCAUCGAGCAGGUGAAGCGCCACAGACAGAUCAUCCCUAACUGGGGCUUCCUGAAGCAGCUGAGGGAGCUCGAUGCCUUCCUUCUGGAGCAGAGGAGUGAACACACACACACACAGACUGCAGACGGUACUGAGAGGACCAAACAAUAACACCAACAAUAAAGAAUUCCUGUCAGAUGAAUUCCUGUCAGUUCGUUACGAGUGCAAUUCGCUUUAAAUCAAUAUUUUAUCAUUUACUGACAUUGCAGCUAGCUAGUUAACGUUUCCCAUGUAUGUCCAUGUAUCUGUGCUAGAAUGUACACCGAGUUGCACGUUUAUUCAGUCAUUUAAGUCUUGUACCUACAUUAAUGGUGCUCCCUUUUCACGGAUGGAGCAACAGAUGCACUACAAAGUGACCUGUAUGGUAGGUGUAAAUUUUUACGUAGAUAAAUAUUUCUUUAUUGAAUACUUAUUUCAUUAAAUAAUAAUUUAAUAAUUUACUCACACUAUACUCACCCUACACACUUUAUACUCCACCUACUCACACUAUACUCACACUACACACACUGUACUCAGCCUACCCUCAUACUACACACUUUAUACCCCACAUAGCCACACUAUACUCAGCCUACACACAUACUACACACUUUAUACUCCACCUAGCCACACUAUACUCAGCCUACACACAUACUACACACUUUAUACUCCACCUAGCCACACUAUACUCAGCCUACACACAUACUACACACUUUAUACUCCACCUAGCCACACUGUACUCAGCCUACCCUCAUACUAGCCACACUACACUCACCCUACACACACUGUACUCGGGCUACCCUCAUACUACACACUUUACACUCCACCUAGUCACACUUUACUCAGCCUAGACACUUUAUACUCCACCUAGCCACACUAUACACAGCCUACACACAUACUACACAUUUCAUACUCUACCUAGCCACACUAUACUCAGCCUACACUAAUACUACUCACCAUACACACUUUAUAUUCCACUUCCUCACACUAUACUCACACUACCCUCAUACUACACACUUUAUACUCCACCUAGCCACACUAUACUCAGCCUACACCAACCCUGCUCACCCUACACUUUAUACUCCACAUAGCCACACUAUACUCAGCCUACACACUUUAUACUCCACCUAGUCAUCCUACUCAUACUACACUUUAUACUCCAACUAGUCACACUAUACUCACCCUACAUUCAUACUACUCACAUCACAGACAUUAUAGUCCACCUACUCACACUAUACUCACACUACAGACAUUAUACUCCACCUAGUCACACUACUAACACUACUGACACUGUACUCCACCUAGUCAUCCUACUCAUACUACACACUUUAUACUCCAACUAGUCACACUAUACUCACCCUACAUUCAUACUACUCAAACUACAGACAUUAUACUCCACCUACUCACACUAUACUCCACCUAGUCACACUACUCUCCCUAGGAGUGGUAUUCUGGUCACAGUGUGGCUCUAACACUCACUAAAACACAGAUCUUACAUGUUACAUGGUAAUGAGCUGAUACACUGAAUGAGGUGUGUGUUUAGGCCAAAAUACUUCAAUGUGCAAUACAGAAGGAAUGUUCAGCAACACACACACACACACACACACGCACACACACACACACACAUCGAAUGCAGAAGUGACACAGGAAUAAUAAUGAC